AUGCCACCCAAAACAUCCACACAUCUUGGCAAUGGCGAUCCUCCGAGUCCUCGACCUCGCAAACGCGCCCGCACGACGAUCGACCCUUCCGAAUCGGAGCAGGUCACUCGUCUCGAUCCCAUCUACCGACUUCCCUUCUUCCAGGCUCACGUGUACUAUGUCCCCUAGUUCGUCGAGCCUGAUCUAGCUACAAAGUGGUACGACGAACUGCUAGUGAUCCCGGGAUGUAAGUGGCCGUCCCGCACGGUCUUUGCUUACUGAAGCCGAGGAGUGAAAAAUUGAUCUCCGAGCUCUCCUUGAACGCCUUCCACAGGGUAUCAACCGACGCUCAAAAUGUACGGAAAGUUGAUUACGCAGUCUAGAAAGAUCUGUGGUCAGUUUGUUCCCGCGCUUGAAGUCACCCGUCAUGGACACUAAAGGGAGAAAACCCUUAUUUCUAGCGUAUGCGACCGACCCUGCUCUCACCGUCAAGUACAGCGGCACGACGGUCGAUAUACGAUACGACUACCCACCGGUCCUGUCCGAAAUCCAAAAGAUGGUCGAAGAAGUGCUAGGUGUCUCGUUCAAUCAUUGCAUGUUGAACCUAUACGAGGAUGGUACGUCCCCGACUGGCCCCUCACUGAAAAGGUGCCGAAGGUGGCGGGCACCAUCGCGACGGCACUGACAAAGUUUUGCAUGAUCGGUAGGCAAAGUCUACAUCGAGAAUCACCGCGAUAACAAGGAAAACAGAGUCAUCGCCUCCGUCUCAUUGGGAGCAGAACGAACUUUCAUCAUGACCCAUGCUCCUCCCGCACGUUAUUCUCGACGGGACAAGGGCGAAUCAAAGUCUGCAACGAUACCGCACAACCCGGACCAAGAAGGAGAAGAAGACGGGUCUGUGCUGCUAAGGCCCCACAAAUGGAAGCUUCACCAUGGAUCCUUGGUCGUGAUGCAAGGGGAGACUCAAACGUAUUGGAAACACGAAAUCCCGAAAGAGCCAAAGGUCAAGGGAGGGAGGAUUAGUCUCACGUUUCGGCAGUUGGUGUUUUGA